UGUCCCCAAUGGGGACUCACCAUAGUUCUGGUUCGCACUGACUUUCCUGUUCACUAUUGGAAUCAGUGGCAGCCGAGCACAAGGUCACUAAGGUCCGAGUAUGCGUUUCCAAGUCUUCGUGGUCCUCGUGCUAGUCACCUUGGCUUCAAGCCUCACCACCGCUGAAAGGAGCGUCCAGAUCAGAGGCGACCACGGUGACAACCAUCUCAAGGGCAGUCGAAAGCUAACUGCAGCCGAAGAAUGGCUGGCGAGUGUCGAUAACGAGGAGAGAGGGUUUUCGUUGUCGUCACCGAGGGGUCUGGUCAGCAAGUUAAAGGCGAAGAUAAGCACGAAAAAGUUCGCUGGCGCCAAGACCGAGACGCUCUCGAAUUCGCAGAUCAAGACUGUCUCGAGAGAAGUGGCAAAAGAGGUCAACAAGAACCCCAAGGCGUGGCCUGUUAUCAAGAAAGGCUUGAAGAUUCUGUACGGCACACUGCUCUUCACACUCAUCGCUACUGGUGUCUACGCGAUGCUCCAAGCGAUGAACAAUUACAAGUAGUUUUGCUGAUCUCCCGCGGUAAAUGUAUACGGUCAAUAUUAGUUUUGCUUACACAAUAGCGAGUAAAUAGGCUGUCGACACGAAGUGGCACGGAGAAAUAUGACGGAUUCUUUCCCGAAUCUCUGCAGUGUG